AUGGCAAGGGACGCUUAUCUGAAGCGUUCCCUCGGAACGCUUUCCAGGCGCAUCAAAGAGUCGCGUGUGCUUCUUGUUGGUGCCGGCGGUAUCGGCUGCGAGUUGCUCAAAAACCUUCUGUUGUCCGGCUUUGGAGAAAUACAUAUCAUUGACCUCGAUACCAUCGAUCUGAGCAAUUUGAACCGUCAGUUUCUCUUCCGCUACGAACAUAUCAAGAAGCCGAAAGCAUUGGUUGCCAAGGAAGUGGCUCAUAAGUUUCAACCGAGCGCAAAGCUGGAAGCAUACCAUGCAAACAUCAAGGACAGCCAAUUCAAUGUGGAUUGGUUCGCGACCUUCGAUUUAGUCUUCAAUGCGCUUGACAACCUUGACGCCCGGCGACAUGUUAAUAGAAUGUGUCUGGCUGCCAAUGUGCCGUUGAUUGAGAGCGGAACAACAGGGUUCAAUGGACAGGUGCAGGUUAUCAAAAAGAAUCACACCGAGUGCUACGACUGUAAUUCAAAGGAAGUACCCAAGACCUUUCCAGUGUGCACCAUCAGGAGCACGCCGAGCCAACCCAUUCAUUGCAUUGUCUGGGCUAAGAGUUACUUGUUCCCCGAGCUCUUUGGUACCAGCGAAGAUGAAUCGGAAGAAUUCGAUCAUUCAGCAGAUGCCGAUAACGCUGCCGAAAUCGCCAAUCUGCGUAAGGAGGCUCAAGCUCUGAAAGCAAUCCGUGAGUCCAUGGGCUCGACCGAGUUCUAUCAGAAGGUAUUCGAGAAAGUCUUCAAAGAAGACAUCGAGCGGUUAAGGGGCAUGGAAGACAUGUGGAAAACCCGAACAGCACCCCAGCCCCUAGAUUUCGAAAAACUGCAACAAGAAUCUUCCUCAAUCGAGCCCAUCGUCUCUGUCAAUGAUCAGAAAGUGUGGUCAUUAACUGAGGACUUUGUUGUUUUCAAGGAUAGCUUGGAGCGACUCAGCAAACGCUUAAAGACUUUGCAAGAAACAACCAAGGACGGUCUGAAGCCGAUCCUGAUAUUUGACAAGGAUGAUGUCGAUACUCUCGACUUUGUCACUGCGAGCGCCAACCUUAGAGCGACGAUCUUCGGAAUCGAGCCUAAGUCAAAAUUUGAUACGAAACAGAUGGCUGGGAAUAUCAUUCCCGCAAUUGCGACAACGAACGCGAUGACAGCGGGGCUCUGCGUGUUGCAGGCUUUCAAGGUUCUCAAAGAUGAUUUUCAAAAUGCCAAAAUGGUCUUCCUUGAACGCUCUGGGGCGCGCGCCGUCAACUCUGAUUCCCUGAAACCGCCCAAUCCGAGCUGCCCUGUGUGCUCGGUUGCCACUGCCAGAAUCAAGAUUGACCCUGAACGUGCGACUGUGAAUGACCUAGUGCAGAAUGUACUCCGGUUGCAAUUGGGCUACGGCGAAGAAUUCUCUCUGAGCAAUGAGCUGGGAACUAUCUACGAUCCGGAUCUUGAAGACAACCUGCCCAAGAAACUGUCGGAUCUCGGUAUCAAGAAUGAGAGUUUCCUCACUGUCGUGGACGAAGAGGAUGAACAACCGCGUGUCAAUCUCGAACUUGUCGUGCUUGUACCUGAAAAACCGGAGCCCUCUGAAGCAGAAAAACCUGUCUCUCUAGAGAAGAUGAUCGAUAUUCCACGGAAGCCCAAGGAACGAGAGCCUCCUGUCCCAGAACCUGUAAAUGGUGCAGCAGUUACGGGCAAGCGCAAAGCGGAGGAAGCUGGUCUCACCGACGGUGACGACCGUGCAAAACGUAUUGCGAGUGCCUCCGUCGCCGAGGGGGAUGGAGAGCACCCCAUUGUAUUGGAUGAGGCAGAUGGCGGCGCUAUUUUGAUCGACGACUGA